AUGGACUAUGAAAUGCCAUCCCUGUCUGAACCUUUUACAUGGAUUUCAUAUGCAAUUUUGGGAUCAUUAGUUGGGUUAGCCUAAGCAGGUGGAAUAGGGGGAGGUCCCAUUGUAUCACCUGUGAUGAUGGUUUUACUAGGGUGCUCGAGUAAGCAAGCUAUUUGGAACACCUACAUCAUGUUAUUUGGAGGAAGUAUAGGUAAUUUUGCAAGGUUAGGAAGAGAAAAAAUCUAAGAUGGAAGCAGUCCAUUAAUCAAUUAUUAACUAGUAUAGAUAACACUUCCAUUGCUUUUAGCAGGAGCUAUUUUGGGAGUAGCUAGUGGAAAGUGGUUACCCAAAUUGGUUAUCGUAAUAUUUUUAUUCGCCAUUUUAUUAAAUGUAUUUCUCAAGACCAAGAAUGUUUAUAAAAAGGUUAGGGAAAAAGAAAGAAAUGACCUUCUAAUAUAAGUUGAGAUGAAAGAAAUAAAUAUAAAUGAUUAGAACAUAUUGCCAUAAAAUUUGUAAUAAUUAAAGGAUAAUGAAUCAAAGCUUUACCCUACUGAAAACCUUAAAGAAAUAGCUCUCUCAGUAUUUAUCGUGGUUGCAUUGACUUUACUGAAAGGAGCUGCAACCAUACCAUCAAUACUUGGAAUAGGAUAUUGUGGAUAUGGAUAUCAUUUUAUCAAUUUCAUCAUUUUUGGUGUAGGCUUUUAUAAUGUUCAAAGAUACAGAUAGUAAAUAAAGAAGGAUGAGGUUCUCAAAGAAUCAAUUGGUUAUGACUUCUCUGGAGGCAAAAUAAGUGAAGUAUAUGACAUCACUGUAAAAUCAAGUAUGAAAGCAGGGUUUUUGGGAGGACUGGUUGGCUUAGGAGGAGGAGUAGUAUUAACACCUGUUUGGCUUGAAACAGGAAUCAAUCCUGCAAGAGCUGCUGCCUCUGCUACUUUCACUGUUAUGUUCACUUCAUUUAUAUCUGUGUUUAUAAUUGCUUUAUCUGGAGGAUAUCAACUAUCGCAAUUUUUAAUAUUGGCAAGUGUAUCUGGUUGUGGCAGUUAUUUGGUGGCAGGAAUCUUAAAAAAGUUAGUUAAGAAAUAUAAAAGGGAAUCAAUUAUUAUUUAAGUUUUACUAGUUGUAAUUGCUUUUGGAUUAGUUGUGUUACCUCUUCAAUCAAUAAAGGAUGUUUAUUAUAACCCUAUUUCAUCUAUUUAAUUUGGUCGUUUGUGUUGA